UUUUUGAUUGUUUUGAUUCCACGUAUUCUUUUUUUAAUAAUUUGGCGGUUUAACAAGGAGAGUUUUCGAGGUGACCAACCUAAAAACGGUCGAGACCGGGCCUAUUCGAUAGAAAAUGUGCCCUUUCUAGCAAGGAUUUGAGCCGUUUUUUCCCGUUUUUGAUCUGGCCAAGAUAUGGCCCGGCAAAGUCCCAAAAUUUGACAUAAUUUUCCCCUUUCAAAUAUUGUAUAUGUAUGUUGAUCUGAAAAUUGUCGUUUUUUAGUUUCUCUACUUUUUAAUUAUUUCUAAUUUUUUUAGAGUAGACAAAGAGAAAAAUGGACUCGCACCCUUCUACUGCUAAGGAGGUCGAGGAAAAUUCUGAAAAUAACAAAAAAUCUGACGCCAACUUUUCGCCUCGUGGUGCAACACCAACAGUUUUAACUUCGUUUAGUGAAGCUCUAAAUGAAAAAAAUUUUGAUGAAAAUGAAAUGAGAGAUGUUCAAUUGUAUGAAGAAAUUUGUUCUGAUGAGGAUUUGAAAAAAUCAGAAGAUGGAGGAGGGAAUGGUUACAAUGAGAAGAUUGAUGGUACCGGACAAGAUGAGGGAGGGGAGGAUGACAAUGAAGCAGCGACCUCAGAAAAACAUUUGGAAUUUGAAUCUCUAUCUCAACUUAAAAAUUCUCAAUUGGGGAAGACAGUUGUAAUUCAUUCAAAUGACGAAACUCCUCAAGAAACUUUUUCCCGACUUAAAGAUGCUUGUAUUGAAGGAACUCUGACUUAUGAAGACAUUAUGGAUGGACUUUUUAAUACGUUAGUCGGCGGUCCAUUUGACUUGGAAUCAAGAUACGUUCUUCACAAUUGUGAAAAUGUUAAAUUGAUGUUAGAAUUGACUGAUUUGUGUCCCCCAAAGAUACAGGCGGAAAUUUGGAGUAUUUUUGUUGCUAUUGUCAAAAAGAGCUUCUUAAAUUUGGAAAUUUGUUCAAAAUCUGGUCUUGUUUCUCUUCUAUUGGAUAGAUUGCCAGAUGCUGAUUUUAUCAUAGCCGAUUUAUUUAUUCAACUACUUACAGUGCUAACUGGAUACAGUAUUUCUAAACGCAAUUCAAUCAAAUUACUCAAUGUAAUGGCAGAAAUGCCUAAACGUGAAGGACCUGAUGUAUUUUUUGCUUUUCCUGGGAAAGCUUCAGCGGGUAUAUUUAUUCCUCCAUUAAAUCGUUGGCCUCAUCAAAAUGGUUGGACAUUUUGUACUUGGUUCAGAAUGGAUCCAUUGAAUAGUGUUUAUUUUGAAAGAGAAAAGCCUUUUUUAUUCAAUUUUUCAACACCCAAAGGAAAUGGAUAUUUUUCUUAUUUUAUGGGCUCUUGUUUAGUCUUACGUUGUAUAAGAUCACCUGGAAAAGAAAUUAUGCGUUGUAUAAAAUUUGAAUUUAUGCCUCGUAAAUGGUACCAUAUUGCCUUAACUUUUAUUUAUUCUCGUUGGUCAAAAGGAGAAAUUCAUUGUUUUGUUGAUGGUUGUUUAGUUGAAGUUAUUGAUUCUAAUUGGCUAGUUUCUCAAAACGAACAUUUUGACCAUUGUUAUAUUGGUUGUGGACAUGAAGAAGAUGAAGGAGAAGCUUUCAGUGGACAGAUGGCUGCAAUAUAUGUCCUUUCACAAUCAAUAACACCUCAACAGGCAGCGUGUCUUCAUUAUUUGGGAUCUUCUUAUCAAUCACAUUUUAAACAUAAAAGUGAAUCUAAUUUACCUGAAAAUUAUAAAAAGUUGUUAUUUGAUGGAAAAUUGAGUGAAUCAAUUAUUUUUUCGUAUUGUCCAAAAGAUUGUCAUGGACAAAUGGUUUUGUCACACCCACCGAAUACUUCAAAAAAUGCUACAAAUUCAUAUUUUGUUCAAGUUCCUCAUGCAAUUAUGAAAAAUGGUGUAGAAGUAAUAACAACUCAUUCAAUACAUAAUUCUUUACAUUCUGUUGGUGGUAUUCAAAUGCUCUUGCCUUUAUUUUCUCAGAUUGAUAUGGCAAAAGAAGAAAAUAUUGAAGAGGAAAUUUGUUUAAAAUUACUCACUGUAAUUGCUACUUUGCUUGGAACUUCUCUAAAUUCUCAACAACAAUUUUUACAAUGUCGAGGAUUUUCUGUCAUUUCAAAUUUAUUGCAAAACUCUUCUAAUGUUCAUUUAAGUAUGAACCUUUUGGAGGUCCAAGUUCGUUUAUACACAUUUUUGGCAAAUGAAUUCUUUUCAAAUAUUGAUUUGUUACAAAUUGUCCGUCGAACACAAACUGUUGUUAUUUUAAUGAAUACUUUGAAAAAAUAUUGGAUAACACUGCCAAAUGGAUAUAUUGAAGAGGAAGGGGAGGAAGAAGGGGAAAAUAAUGCUCAAAAUAAAUCCCCUUCAAAAAAUAAUAAUACAAAUUUUGAUCGUUCAGCAAUAGUACAUGUCCGUACUUGCAUAUUAAAAUUAGUUUACAAUUUUACUUUUUUGUGUUGUGAAGGAAGUGAAGAAAGAGAUGAUGAAUUACAAUGCAUUUUUAAUUUUAUUGCUACAACUAAUGAGGACGACAAUCUUUAUGAUGUUUUAACUCAAACUAUGCAACAAAUAUCUGAUCAUCCAGCGAUUUUGGUUCCAGCAUUUGAUAAAAAGAAAGUUAUUUGUAUUAUUUUCAACUUAAUUAGUUCGCCUAAUGAAUUGAUAAAAAUACCAGCUUUGAAAAUGUUUGGAUAUUAUUUAUGCAGAUCUACACAAAAACGUAAAAACGAGUCAAUCAAUCAACGGAAUUUAUUUCACUUGUUAACUGAUAAAUUAAUGCUCAAUUGCCAUUCUCUUUCAUUAGCAACUUACAACGCUUUAUUCGAAAUUUUGGUAGAAUUAGUAUGUCCUGAAAUUUUAUUUGUAAAACAUGAAGAAUUGACGAUAGAAAAUACAAGAUUUGAAAAUCCACAAAUUUUGAAAGUUGUUGCGCAAUUGCUAAUUCAAAGUGAAGAAUCGAGUGAAACAUUGAGAGUUAAAAGAAUAUUUCUUCAAGAUUUGAUAAGACAUUGCAAAGAUUGUAGAGAAAAUAGAAGAAUAAUACUUCAAAUGAGUGUUUGGCAAGAAUGGCUAAUUUCUCUAUCUUAUAUUUACCCAGAAAAUGAAGAGCAAAAAAAUGUUUCUGAACUUGUUUUUCAACUUUUUUCAAUUCUUUUAUUUCAUGCUAUACGUUUAGAAUAUGGUGGCUGGAGAGUUUGGGUUGAUACAAUGGCAAUAGCUCAUUCAAAAGUUUCAUGGCAAAAAUAUCGUAAAAAUUUGACACAAAAACAAGAAGAAGAUGCUCGAAAAAAAUUGGGAGAAAAUUUAACUAAAAAUGAUCAAUCGUCUUCUUCUGGUGGAGGAGUAUCAUCACUUUAUAGAACUCCAGAUUUUGUUUGGUCACAAGUACAAAUUCAAUUUUUGAAUGAUUUGUUGAUGUUAAUACAAGCUGUGGUACAGGAAUGGAAAGAUUCACCCAGCCCAGUUGCUGAUUAUUUAAAUAAUUCGGAUAAUCAUGUUUUUAUAACCAAUACAGUCCAUAUAUUUUCCCAACUUGCUGACAGUUUAGUAAUGGCUUGUGGAGGACUUUUACCAUUACUUGCAGCAGCAACAGCACCAACGAGUGAAUUAGAAUUAUUUGAUACAACCCAACAAGAAUUGGAUAUUUCUGAUGCUGCUUAUUUUUUGGAAAUUUUUGCAGAAAUUGCUGAUGUUUUUAUCUUUACUUCUCCACUUACACUUAAUGAAUUGGAACAAGAAAAAAAUAUGCCGGCUGGGGGAAUUUUGAGACAAGCACUUAGAUUAUCAGCAACAUCGGCAGUUCGAGGAAUUUUAUCAAGUAUUUUAAGCAACAAUGAAUCUAUAUUUGGAUCAGAAAUUAAUUCCACAAAAUAUGAAGCAAUUAGAAAAUUUAUUAAAAAUAAGUCAACAAAUGUGGAAUUUAAAGAUCAAUUGCUACAAACAGUAGAUUUGCAACGUCUAAAAAAUUUAAUUUACAGAGAUAUGGAAGAAGUAAAACAAGCACAAUUUUUGGCCCUUUCUAUUGUCUAUUUUUUGUCAGUUUUAAUGGUUUCUCGUUAUAGAGAUAUUCUUGAACCUUCACCACAACAACAGAUAAAUUCAGGAGGAGUAGUUAAUUCAGGAAAUAAUUUAAAGAAUAAUUCGGUGAAUGAUGGAAAGCAAUCUGUAACCAAAGAACCUGCCAAAUUAAAUUCAAUAUCAGAAGAAGAUAAAAAUGAAGAUGAAAAUCAUUUGAAUAAUGAAAAUGAGGACGAAAAAGAAGAUGAAGUUGAAGAAGUAAAUGUUGAUGAAAUAAAUUCUAAUAAAAUGUAUGAGGAAGGAAAUGAAGAAAAAGCCAAUAAUGAAAUAGUUAAACAGAUUUCAUCAAUUCAGUUAAAUGAAAAUUCUAAUGAAACGAAUAAUAAUAAGGAUGAAAAUUCGGAUACAAAUAAAUAUGAACCUCAUCAUUUAACUAGUUUAAAUCGACCCGACUUGGUUCUUUCAUCAAAUGAAAAUUCUAUUGAAAGAAGACGAUAUCUUACAGAUAAAUUACAAAAAUCAAUAGAACCUGUAAUUCCUUUAUUCCGAGAAAUUUUGUGCGAUUUCCGUUCCUUUCUUCAAAAAACGUUAUUGGGAACACAUGGACAAGAAAUUAUGAAUGAUGUUAGAGUUAUGCACACACUUAAAAAUGGUAGUGUAAUAGAAAUUGUAAUGCUUUUGUGUUCACAAGAAUGGCAAACUUCGCUCCAAAAGCAUUCUGGUUUAGCAUUUAUAGAGCUGGUUAAUGAAGGUCGUUUAAUGGCUCAUGCUACGCGAGAUCAUAUUUUGCGUGUUGCAAAUGAAGCAGAUUUUAUUUUAAAUAGACUUAGAGCUGAAGAUGUUAGUAAACAUGCACAGUUUGAGAGUGAAGUAAAUGAUCAAUUACAGCAUAGAAAAACAGAAGAACAACUUUCUAAUCAAUUAAUAAUUUCUGCUAGACGUAGAGAAUUUAUACAAUCAACUAAAUUUUUGGAAAAAAUUGUAAAUAUAUUAACAAGUCCAACGGGCGCUUGGUAUUCUGAUUUGCAGAAAAAUAUGCCAAAAUUUGAAAAAUUGGAUGUUUGGGAAGAUGAUUCACGUAUGAGAAGACGUUUUGUACACAAUCCUUAUGGUCAACGUCAUUCAAUAUCUUCUUCAAACGAAAAAAGAAAAACAAAAAAUUUGGAAGAAGAACAAAAUAAAAUUAAAAAAGAUGAAGAUUUAAAUAAAUUAUUAAAAGAUUUGGCAAGAAAAAUGAUAGCAUCUGGUGGUGUUUCUAAAACAAAUAAUAUAUUGCAACAAUUUGUUGAUGAAACAGAAAUUGAAAGAUUAAUUAGAGAAGAAGAGAAUAGUAAUAGUGUUAAUGCUUCUACUACUAACAAUGCUGCUUCUGAAAAUAAAAAUGGUCAAUCAACCUUCAGCACCUUUGCUAAACUAAUAGCCCCAGGCGUUAUCGUUCCAGGAACAAUUACGUUAACCGGUUCUGAUUUGUAUUUUGAUGCUGAUGAAGAUGACCAAUCAUUUAAACAAAAUUUACAGGUGGGUGAAAAAAAUUUUUUUGAAAAAAUUUUUUUGGAGGUCGAGAGAGUUUAG